AAACCAUUGGAACAAAUGAACCGGCCAAAUGGUGCCUGAAACAGAGACAGAGAGUGGCGGGAGAAAUUUUAAGUGAAGUAGUCAACUUAAUCCACUAAUCAAGCACAAAUCAUCAUCAACAAACCAGUUAAAUAAAUAUUGCUGGAAAUUUGAAAGGGUUAUGCAAUUAGGUUCUUUCUUUCCGAAUUUGAAGACUAGAUUUUGGUGUUUAUGCUCUUUGCCCACCACCUGUUUGAUAAAAUUUCUGAUGUGGGUUGAUUUGAUGUCUGGUGAUCAGCUCGUUUGUUGUUAAAUUGCUGACAGUUUGUAGUCUGAACUCUCUGAAGGGUAAUUCAACACAAUGGCUCUUUUGAAUGUCAAUCCAACGCAACUUGUGAAUUGUUGCUUUCUCAAUAGGAUUGAUUUGAAUCCAUUCAAAGUUCACCUGCUUCCAGUUAAUCGUCAACGACUCGCUUGGAAGCCAUUGGUGGUUGAAGCGAAGUUUAGGAAAAGGGCGAAUUCUCGGACUGAAAGUGACAAACUCCGAAACAGACGAUUGCAGAAAAAGUAUAACGGUACACCAACCAAACCGAGACUUUCAGUAUUCUGUUCAGAAAAGCAGUUGUAUGCAAUGCUUGUGGAUGACGUGAAUAAGAAGUGUUUGUUUUAUGGGAGCACUCUGCAGAAAUCUGUACGAAAUGAUCCUGAUAUGCGCACAGCUGAGGCUGCAAAAGUAGUUGGCGAAGAGCUAGUUAAAGCAGCAAUGAACCUCAAGAUUGAUGAAAUAUCAUCCUAUGAUCGGAAUGGUAGUAUUCGUGGUGAAAGGGUGAAAGCAUUUGAAAUUGCACUUUCUGAACAUGGCUUCUUGCUUAGAUAGACACUAAUAUCGCCUGUAAGUUGUAAAGUUGCUCCUUCAUCCCCUGAAAAUUGUAUACUUACUCUGUUAACUGAUUUAUACCGGUAACUAGAUAAGAACUGGUGGUUAUCAAUUACUUUUAUGAAAGGUAGUUUUUUUUAUAUAUAAAAACAAAAUUGAAAGUA